AUGGGUAAAACAAGACGAGAUCCGCUAAAGGAAUUUUUGUUGGACGUCGAAGAAGAAGGUAAAGCUCUUUAAAUUUACUGUAUUUUCUAGCCAGAGUCUCAGCUCAGAGCCCUAGCCCUAGCACAGAAUCCUAGCUCAGAGCCCAAAGCCCUAGUCCAGAGCCUUAGCCCAGAGCUCUAGCCUAGAGCCCUAGCCCAGAGCCCUAGCCUAGAGCCCUAGCCGAGAGCCCUAGCCCUAAGUUUAGCGAUAGCUUUAGCCUAAGCCUAAGCCUAAGCCUAAGCCUAAGCCUAAUCCUAAGCCUAAGCUUAAAGCCCUAGCCCAAAGCCUAGCUAUAGCCUAAGAUUAUGUCUAAGCCUAGCUCUAAGCUUGAGUUUAUGCCUCUAGUGGAUAAGGCAACUCUUGAGGUUACGCUUCAGCACAACUAAAGCUUAAAACUAAGUCUGUAGAGCGCUUAAUCCUAAUUUUAAGCUUACAGUAAAAGAAAAACUUAAGAUUAAGCCUAAGCUUAUAUCUGUUCUUACGCCUGUGUCUAAGCUUAAGCUCAAAUCCAAGCUUUAGCCCAAAGCUCUAACCCUAAAAAUCUAAUUUUCAGAUGUCACAUCAGUUAAACUCAAGCACAUCCAAGCCAAAAACCAGUACAAACCUCUAGUCAUCACGCUGUCACUUCUGAUACUAACCUCAUGUGUCCUCUACCUACUCAUCACCAAGAACACUCCAGGGGACUCAAUCACAAAAAUCAUUGUGAAAACGUCGCCAAAGAAGAGCGACUACUUUAUUCGACCGGUCGGUACACAGGAUUUGAGAUGUGAUUGGGUUAUGGAUGGUAAACAUGAUCAAUAUGUUAAACAGUUGGCUGGAAAGAGGUAUGGAGUGGUAUUAGACCGUUCACUUAAUUCUGCGCCCCUUUUUUAAAAAAAAUUUUUGAGUUAUGGGGCGCAGAAUUAAGUGAACGACCUAGUAUUUUAAGUAGCAUUUAGGGGUUUGGGUAGGUAUAGCUUGUUGUUUUAGGUAACAUUUAGCAUUUUAAGUAGGUAUAGCUCAGUAUUUUAGGUAACAUUAAGACUUUCAAGUCUCCUACCAGCCUUGUUUAUACCAAAACUUUACUGUAAUACCUACUUACCGCCCAAUAACAUCAAUACCUCUAAAGAAAGCCCCAUUCCAGAUACCGAAUCGAGGACCCCGACUCGCUAGACGACCUCCCAAUGGACUGCCAAUCCAUAAAAGCCAGACAUCAUUUCCCGGACCAGCCCUCCUCUCCAUUCGAAGCCGACUUCCCGUACGCUGUAGCCAGGAACGUGUACAAGGACUACUACUACCUGGAGCUGGUCCUGGCCGCCACCUACCAACCCCAAAACUGCUACUGUUACGCCAUCGACCGGUCGGCCGACCACUUGUUCCGGGCCCGGCUGAAGGCGUUGGCCAAAUGUUUGCCGAACGUGAUCGUGGCCACCGAGUACCGUGACAUGGACAGUGCUGGCCAUCGAAUGGACCUGGCUCACAUCGACUGUUUGAACGUGCUGAGGAACGGCACGAUGAAGUGGAAGUAUGUUCAGUUGCUGCAGGUAGGUUGAGGUUGGUUUAGGGAGGUACGGGGGGGGUGAUUUUUAGUACUAGGAAAGGUGCUAUUGGGGGUUAGGAGGGCUGGUUUUGAGGUAGGGUAGGAUAGGGUAAAGUAGAUACGGUAGGGUACUUUAAAGUAGGGUAGGAUAGGGUAAAGUAGGGCAGGAUACGGUAGGGUACUUUAGGGUACGGUAGGAUAGGGUAAGUUAGGGCAAAACAGAAUAAGGUACAGUAAGGUAUAGUAAGGUACAGUAGGAUACGGUAGGGUAGAGUAGGGUAGGGUAGGGUAGGGUAGGGUAAGGUAGGGUAGGGUAGGGUAGGGUAGGGUAAGGUAGGGUAGAGUAGGGUAGGGUAGGAUAGGGUAGGGUAGGGUACGAUAAGGUAAGGUAGGUUAGCGUAGGGUAGGGUAUUAAAAAUGUCAUUUCUAGAAUCAUGACUUCCCAGCCAAGACCAACUAUGAAGUGGACGGUAGGGUACUUUAGGGUACGGUAGGAUAGGGUAAGUUAGGGCAAAACAGAAUAAGGUACAGUAAGGUAUAGUAAGGUACAGUAGGAUACGGUAGGGUAGAGUAGGGUAGGGUAGGGUAGGGUAGGGUAGGGUAAGGUAGGGUAGGGUAGGGUAGGGUAGGGUAGGGUAGGGUAGGGUAGGGUAGGGUAGGGUAGGGUAGGGUAGGGUAGGGUAGGGUAGGGUAGGAUAAGGUAGGGUAGGGUAAGGUAGGGUAGGAUAUGGUACGGUAGGGUACGGUACGAUAAGGUAAGGUAGGUUAGCGUAGGGUAGGGUAGAGUAUUAAAAAUGUCGUUUCUAGAAUCAUGACUUCCCAGCCAAGACCAACUAUAAAAUGGUGGCAGUCAUGAAGUGGCUGAACGGUUCGAAUGAUAUCGAGAUGAACAGAGAGCCAGGAAGAGUAAACAAGAAGUUGAACUGGACCUUGAGUAACAUGGAAAUCUUCAAAAAUAGUAAGUUAUUUCGUUUGUAAAGAAAGUUCUUGCUAUUUUUUGUUUUGUAAAAAAAGUUAUUGCCGUUGUUUUGUAAAGAAAGUUUUAGCCAUUUUUUGUUUUGUAAAGAAAGUUCUUGCUAUUUUCCACUCAAAAAACAUACUUUUCCUACCUAUAUUCACCUUGUUCAGGCUCAAAACUAGACCAAAUCCUAAAAACCUGGACCGCUCCCACCCCUCCGUCCAUUACCUUCGCCAAAGGCUACAAUGAGGUGACGAUAAGUCGAGAAGCCAUUGACUACAUCUUCACCGAACUCAACCUAACCAAGCUCUUCUCUCAGAUCGAUAAUGACAAAACCUAUGGCAUUGAUGAGAUCGGCUUCACCACGAUAUUAUCUAUGGAGCUGCUGGGUAUACCAGGCCACUUCAGUCAACAUUGUAUCAAUCAGGGAAAAUCGACCAGUUUCAUCACAAGAUACUCGAAUUGGUUGAAUCAGGAAAAGUGCAAAAGCCACCAUUUCAGACAUGCCAUCUGUAUUCAUGGCGUGGAAGAUCUAUUGCCCAUCGUGGAUAAUAUCAAGGAGUUGUAUGUGAAUAAGGUGAUGCCAGACUUUGACUUUAAUGCUGUGACAUGCUGGCUUGAAGUACUGUACAAUAGAACGUACUUGGAGGAAAGGACGGUGAAGAGGCUGGAUCAGAAGCAUUAUCAAGGGUUGGCUCAUGUAAGUUGGUUUACAUGAUAAAAGAUGAAAUGAAUAUGGUAGGGUUAGGUCGAGGAUAGGCUUGGGUAGGUAGAAGGAUGGGUAGGUAGGGCGAGGAUAGGCUUGGAUAAGGAUAGGUAGAAGCUAGGUAUACGGUUGGAUAAACUUUGGGGUUAGAUAGGUAUAGGGCUAGGUAAAGGCUAGGCUUGUACUGGGAUAAAACUAGUAGAGGUUAGGCUCAGAUAGGUAUAGGACAGGACAGUAGCUUGGUUUGGAUCGGUAUAGAGCUUGAUAAAAAGCGAGGGUAAAUAAGGGCAUAAUUAUGUAGGUAUAGGGCUGGGUUGAGGCUUGGCCUGUGUAGGUGUAGGCUUCAGUAGAUGCUAGACCUGGGUUGGUAUAGGGCUAAGAAGACAGGGUUAGGCCCAGGCUAGGUGGAUAGGUAUUGGUCUAAGUAUAAAGUGGGUUUAUUAGCUAUAAGGCUUGGUAAAGUCUAUGCUUGGAUAGGUAUAGGGCUUGAUAAAGGGCUAUGAUUAGGUUAUCUUUGUGUGUGUGUGGGUAGAAGCUAGACCUAGAAAGGUAUAGAGCAUGGUAUGGACUAGGAUUGGAUAAGUAUAGGGCUGGAUAGAGGUUAGGCUUGGAUAGGUAUACGGCUGGAUAGAAGUUUGAAUUGGGUAGGUAUAGGACUGGGUAAAGAUCAGGCUUAGACACGUAUAGGGCUGGGUAAGGGCUUGGCUUUGGUAGGUAUAGGGUGGGAUGAAAGCUAUGUUUAAGGUUUAAUAAAGGGCUAAGAUAAGAGUUUGUUUGGCUAGGUAUAGGACUAGGAUAAGGCUAGCAUUUGGGUAGUAUAUGGCUUGGUAUAGGCUAUGCUUGGACAGUAAUAAGGCCCUGUGGAAGCUACUCUUGGGUAGAAAGAAUGCUGUAAAGCAAGGUAUGGUAGGUCAUCCAUCGAUGUUAAGAUAAGUUAAUUAGGGUAUAAUAAAAUAAUGAACAAGGUAUGUGACAGACAUUUCAAUGUUAAAAACGCCAUUUCAGGUCCGAUACCAAGCCUUGAAAGACGAAAAUGGUCAAGUUCCAGCCGAGAAACUAGCCAAUUUCUCCUGUACUGCAUGA